GCGUUCCCCAACUGCAAGUACCGGGACAAAUGCCUCUUCAUCCACCCCAACUGCAAGUACGACGCCUUCUGCAAGCGCAAGGACUGCCUAUUCACUCACGCCAGCCGACGGACAUUUGCCUGCCCGCCACCUGUGGUGUCCUCCCCGUCGGUGCAGCAGUGCAAGUUCUACCCACACUGCACCAACCUCAAGUGUCCCUUCUUUCAUCCAAAGCCAUGCAAGUUUGGUGCGGCAUGCCAGUCAUCGUCGUGUCCAUACAGUCACCCAGAGGGGGGCGUGCCGCCCCCCAACAAAUUGAAGUGGACCUCAGCCACUGCCAAGAAAGCCGGGGAGACAGCUGCCUGAAGCACGAGUCGCUGUGACCGGCGGCACCCUCAAGUGCUGCACCCAGGU